AUGCUUGGCCUGCACCGGGGGCCCAGGAGCCUGGACGGGAGGCACCGGGGCGUCGCCGCUCGGUGGCACGACGGAGCGGCACCACGUCACAUGGUGGCUUCAGCGCGGCCGCCGGGGCGCCGCCCCCGACGGGGCACCCGGACAGGCCCGCCGCCCUGCGCGCCGCCCAGCGGCGGGGGCGCCCGGCUGCAGGGGGAGGGGGCGCGGCCGCACCCGGGGCAUGGACGGCCCCCGGGGUCCCCGCCCGCGCCCCCCUCGCUGCCGCCUUGGCCGGAUCACCAGGCGGCGCCUCCGCGGCUCCCGAGGCGGGUGUGCGCCAUGGUCCCCGCGCAGAGGGGUGCUGGGGCAGUGUUCCCGGAGCCCGGUCCUAGGGAAGACGGCAGCGCGGCCCCUCGCUCACCGCGGGUCCGCCGGCCGGAGGGCGGCCGGGUCGUGCUGAUGGAGGCGGCGGGGGUCCCCGUGAGCCAGCUCCCCGCUCCCCACGAGGUGGCCGCAGCCGUGCGUGUCGCCGCGCCUCAAGUCUGCCUCUGGAUGCCCCCGGACGCGGCACGACCUCGCACACACACACCGCGCGCUCACGCUCUCGCCGUGCGGUAUUUCCCGGCCCCGGACCCCGCCUCUGGGAGGGGCCCGGCAGCCGAGCCCCGGCGGCAGGGAGUGGGGGCGCGGGGAACGCCUGGGUCCCGGCCCCCGGGUAGGAACCGCGCGCCCACUCCCCAGCCCCUCUCCGCGCGCGGGCUCGGCCCCCGGCACUGCCACCCCGCGGCCCGCGGGGGGUCCCGGCGGCUCCCCGCGCGCGGCGGGCGGGGCGGGGUAGGGGGGGCGGGGGGCCGCGGGCUCCGGGCGGAGAGGCGGCUCGGCUCCGCGCCGGGGAAAGUUUGGACGUGGGAAACUCCCUCCCGCCCGCCCCGCCGAGAGGAGGGGGCGCGCGGGGGCCAGGCGCGGGCACCCGGGCUCCCCCUGCGGCGGGAGGCUCGCCCCCAGCGCCGCCCGCCGAGCCGCUCCCGCCGGCCAGGGGGUUCCCUCCCGGACGGGCAGCCUCCCCUCGGCGGCAAUCCGACCGCCCCUCCCGCGGCGCCCCGCGUCCUUACCUCGGGGAGCGGCCCGGGGCUGCCCCCAGUCCUGCCGCCUCGGGACGCUGCGUGCGGCGAGCGAGUCCGGAGCCCGGCGGCCGCCCGGAGGAGCCGGAGGGAGAGCGGGCGCGAGAAGGGAGAGCCGCGGCGGCGUGUGCGCGCGUCCUCUGGUGGAGACUCGGAGAAUGCAGCGCCCGCCGGGCAGGAGCGCCGCGCCGCGCCGCGCCGCAGGCGGCCGUGGGGCCGGGACCCCGCAGCCCGGGGAGCCCCGGCACCCCCGCACGCCCCCGUCCGGGUCGCGCCCCUCCCCCGCCGGGAGGGGGCGGCCUCGCCAGCGCCCGGGGCGGCCCAGACCCAGGAAACCCCUGGGGUCCGGGGGGGGGGCGGCGCCCCUCCUUCCUUCCGCGCCAGAUCCGCGCGAAGGGAGCGCCCCCAGGAGGGGGACCGUCUCCCUCCCCGCCUGGCAGCUCCCCAGAGGUCCCGCUUCCAGACCAGACCCUUCCCCCUCACCCGACUUUCCUGCGUCUAG